UAGCUUUAGCUUCGUGAUUCCGGUCGCUUGUGAUAUCCGUUCUCAUAUCAUGAAUCUCUCUUACAAGUUAUUAUUUAUAUUUUGUAUCUCCAACAUCAACAGUGCUGUUUCCUUUAGCAAAUAUAAACUCGCAAGACAAUCAAGUGAACACAGUGAAGAUGUAUUUCUAGAUUCAUUGCAACUGUUACAAAAAUACAAUUAUACUUCAGAGAAACAUGUUGUGAUUACCGAAGAUGGAUAUAAACUGAAAACUUUCCGCAUAACCAGAAAAGGACCUCCUGUGUUAUUGGUUCAUGGUAUUGGAGACAGCUCGGAUUCUUGGCUCGUUUUGGGACCGAAAUAUUCCUUAGCAUAUCAGCUAGCAGAUGCUGGAUACGACGUUUGGAUUUUCAACGCAAGAGGCAACAGAUACUGUAAGGAACACGUCAAGGAGAUUCCCCAAAAGUUGUUCUGGGAUUUCAGUUACGAGGAAAUUGGAUCAUAUGAUGUUCCCGCUACAAUUAAUUACGUGCUCUCCGAAACAAACUAUUCAAAACUUUCUUAUGUUGGGUUUUCUCAAGGCACCACAGCGUUAUUCGUGAUGUGCAGUUUGCGACCUGAGUAUAAUAAGAAAAUCGAUCACGCUGUCUUACUAGCGCCUGUAGCGUGGUUGAAAUAUACGAAGUAUCCGUUAAUUGAUUUCUUUUCCAAAAAAUUGAGCUUCCUAACAUGGUUAGCAGAAGCACAGAAUGUGUAUGAAGUUUUCCCAUUCAAUGAAAAUUUAAAUCUGUACCACGCCUCGGUUUGUGACGCUCUUUCACCCGUCAGAUUGUUAUGCGAAUUGGAGUUAUUCGUGAACUUUGGUCUGCAAAAGCUGACUAAUUUACUGCCGCAAAAAUUGCCUGUUAUAACAACUCAUAUACCAGCUGGGACGUCGGCAAGAGUGUUCUUGCAUUUUAUCCAAGGUUACUCGACUCAGAGAUUUCAACGAUACGACUAUGGAGCAACAAAAAACCUUGAGGUGUAUUCCUCUGCUGUACCACCAGAAUACGACGUGUCAUUGGUCAGUGUGCCGAGUACAUUGGUCGCAAGUGAAGUGGAUUGGUUCAGUGACGCUGAAGAUGUUAAAGUACUUUUAAAAAAGUUAAAAUCAGUUACAAAGUUGAUUCAAUUAAACGAGACAUUGCAAUUUACUCACCUUGAGUUUGUAUACGGUGCGCGUGUGAAUUCCAUCAUCAAUAAACCUGUUUUGACAAUUUUGGAUAACUUGAAGAGAAAUGUAACAUAACAGUGAACGAGAUUCGAAUAUUUUUUUUGAUUGUAGAUGAUUGUGAUAUUAGCUUAGUUACUAUUAAGUAAAUGUUUAUUUAUACUAAUAUUAUAAUAUAAAGGCUGCUUAAAAAUAAAUUACAAUUACAA